AUGGCCUCCAAUCCCGCCGCGCUUCUUCUGCUCCUCGUCCUUGCCGUCAUCUGCGCUUCGACUGCCCUCCGCUGCUUCAGCUUUCCCAAGGCCGCGCUCAGGGCUCUCAAGGCGGGGCGGGACGUGCAGGUGUGGUGGAACGGCCUUGCGGGCGGCAACAAAGGCCGCAGUAGCAAGGGCGGUAGCAAGGGCGGAGGGGGUUCGCGAGAGAAGGAGGCAGGCACGGAUGGGCAGGCGGGGGCGGCGUGCAAGCAACUCAAGUUCUUUGCCAACCCCGCCUGCAAGGGCAAGGCGCUGGAUGAGGUGCUCAAGCCGCAAAACGCCGGCCUCCGCAGAUUCUUCAACGUGCCCAGGUGGGUCGUGGGGCCACGUGGAUCGUUGGGGCACGUGGGUCAUGGGGGCACGUGGGUCAUGGGGGCACGUGGGUCAUGGGGGCACGUGGGUCAGAGCCACGUGGAUGGGCGCAGGUGGAUGAGGGCAGGCGGGUGA